AUGACCGACGUUAAGUCAGCAACUCCCGCUUUAAAAAGCGAAACAAAACCUAGUGGACCGAGCUCUUCCGAUAUGGAAUACUAUUACAAACAUCUAUAUCCUUUCAAGCCUAUCUUCAAUUGGUUAAAUCACUCUGUCAAACCAGGAAGGGAUAUUACAAAUAGGGAAUUUGCAAUGGCUUUUAGAUCAGGAGCAUACAAAAGAUAUAAUUCUUUCAAUUCGUUGCAGGAAUUUAAAGCACAGAUAGAAAAGGGUAAUCCGGAUAGAUUUGAAAUAGGUGCAGUUUAUAAUAAGCCACCCAGAGAUAGAGAUUCCCUUUUAAAAAGUGAAAUGAAGCCUUUGGAAAAGGAACUUGUUUUUGAUAUUGAUAUGGAUGACUAUGAUACCUUUAGAACUUGUUGUUCGGGAGCUCAAGUCUGUGAGAAAUGUUGGAAGUUUAUUUCCCUUGCGAUGAAAGUAAUGAACGUUUCCCUAGAGGAAGACUUUGGCUAUGACGAUUAUAUAUGGAUAUUUUCGGGUAGGCGUGGUGCUCAUUGUUGGAUAAGUGACAAGCGCGCAAGAAUCUUAAAUGAUUUGCAAAGGAGAAACGUUUUAGAUUAUCUGAACGUUGUCAGGGAUAGAACAGCAAGCAAAAGAUUAGCACUAAAACGACCAUAUCACCCCCAUGUUGCACGUUCUUUGGAUAUAUUAAAGCCUUUCUUUGUUGAAAUAAUUCUCGAGGAACAAAAUCCAUGGGAAGAUGAUGAGCAUGCGAUCCAAACGUUACUGCCGGGACUUCAUGAUAAACACCUUAUUGAGCAAUUGAAAGUGUUUUGGAAGGCAAAUCCCAACCGAUCAAGUAGGGAGAAAUGGGGUGAUAUUGAUCUACUUGCGUCUAAGGAGUUAAAGGCUAACAAGAAGCAGGAUGCCAUCAAUAGACUUCGUGAAUGCAAAGAAGAUUUGGUUAUUGCAACGCUGUAUCCAAAAUUAGAUGUUGAAGUUACCAAACAGACAAUCCAUUUAUUAAAGGCACCAUUUUGCAUUCAUCCUGCUACGGGGAAUGUCUGUGUUCCUAUUACAGAAUCAUUUACACCCAGGGAUGCCCCAAAAUUACUGGAUUUGCAGAACGAGAUGGAAAAAAAUAAUAAUGAGGUAAAGAUGACUUCUUUAGAACCAUUUAUUGAGCACUUCCAAACCUAUGUGUCGAAAGUGAUUAAAGAUGAGGAUGUGACAAGAAAAAGAGAAAGAGAAGAAGAAGAGGUCGAUGGAUCUUUGGAUUUUUAA